AAUAAGGUAAAGAAGUGUAAUCAGAUCCUUCUUCUUUAAAACCCUCUUUCUUUAAUCCAAGUAAACAAAAUUAUUACCAAACCCAUAAAUCACAGAACUCCGAGAAGAAUAGAGAGAUGACAGGAGAGGUUCCAAAAGAAUGGUGGUGCUGUUAGUCUUGAGGAUUUGAGGCAGAAAAUGGUGGAUUUUGCUAAAGAAAGAGACUGGGAAAUGUAUCAUAGUCCAAGAAAUCUUCUUCUUGCUCUGGUUGGAGAAGUGGGAGAGUUAUCAGAGUGUUUUCAAUGGAAAGGUGAAGUACCAAAAGGAUUACCAGAUUGGAAAGAAGAAGAGAAACAACAUUUAGGAGAGGAAUUAUCAGAUGUUUUGUUAUAUCUAGUCCAACUCUCUCAUUACUGUGGGAUUGAUCUUGGUAAAGCUGCCCUUAGAAAAGUUCAUCUUAAUGCCAUUAAACACCCAGUCAAUCGAUACAUCAAAAGCAGAAUCCCAGAAGAGGAGAACAAGAAAUCUAAUAAUGAAGCUGACCAAGACAACAACAACAAUAUUAAUGGCAUGGCUGAAAAUUUACAAAACUAAUAAUAGGCCAUUGAUGGGUCUGGUUUGGUAGGUAAAGUGUUUUUUGCUAGCAGAAAAAUCCUUCUGGUGGUGAUUUUCGUAUGAAAGAGGAUUCAGAAAAAAUACAAUGAAUGGUGAAGAUAUAGUAUUAAAAUAUUUACUUGAUGGUGAAUAUUUUGUUAUUUAUGAUUGUUUUACUUGAAAAACAUGGGUGGGGGUGGUAAUAAGUUAGAAGAUAUAGACAAAAGAUUAAAAAUUCUGGUAAUAGUAGAAGAAGCAUGUAGAAUGUGAUGCGUUUAAAGAUUUGAAGUACUUCCAAUAUUCACAAA